GCGGCGGCUUGCUGACCAAAACACGCCUUGGCUGCCGUCGGUAGUUCUGUCCUUGGUCGCCGCAAGCCUAGAGCGCUCGACGAUCCCGUUUCUUUCUCCUCUAGAAGACCUUUGUUUCCUGAGUCAUGGAUCCCCUGCAGCCUGAACCUGUUAGUUACAUAUGUGGAGAUUGUGGAGCGGAGAACACGCUGAAGCCUGGGGACGUGAUACAGUGCAGGGAGUGUGGAUAUCGCAUCCUUUACAAGAAGCGCACUCGGAGAGUUGUGCAAUACGAAGCCCGUUGAGAAUAACAGAACCUGUGGAUGGCGAGCUAUCUGAUAUGUUGGUGGUCUUAAAGAACUUAUAAUACAGUAUUGAUGUCAUUGUGGACCAUGGGAUUAGUAAAACCCAGUAAACAAAUAGACUGCAAACACUAUGAACUGAAGAUUUCUUUUUGAGGCCGUCACUGUGAUUGUAAGUUAUACCUGUGUGCCAGCUGAUCAAAACUGGGUUUGGGUUUAUGGGAUGCCACAUUUUUAUUAACUGGGGUUCCAACUAGAAGUUUUGAAGUGCUCUUCCAAA